UAAUCCCAGCAUUUUAUUUUCUAACCUAAAAAUCAUUCAAACACCGAAUCAACAUGAGUAAGUGUCAAACCACGGAGCUACGAUUUUUAUUUUACAAGGGACAAGGGAAAAAAUGACAAGUUUAAUCAGGUAUGCUCUGAGAACUCGGAGAAAUGUUAUUGUGUUCACUGAGAGUAAAAGAUUUGCUGGUCACAGCAAAUGGCAAAAUAUUAAGCAUACGAAAAUGGCUAAAGAUGCAGAGAGAGCAAAUGCACUGCAAUCACACAUAAAAAAAAUGAGAUAUGUAAUAGCAGAGAUGAAAAGUGCUGAUCCUGACCAUAAUCCAAAGCUAGCUCGAUUAAUAGAGCAAGCAAAAAAAAAUAAUCUACCUCAAUCAUCAAUUAAAGGUUUUAUAGAAAAAAUGCAAAAAGAUAAAUCACAAAUGCAAACAGCUGUUUUUGAAUCUAGAGGACCAUCAGGCAGUACAGUAUUAAUACAAUCUCUUACUGAUAAUUUUAAACACACUAAACAAAUGCUAAACCAACAUCUCAAAAAGUGUUUAUUUUCACAAGCUGAAACCCCAUCUAACUCAUCAUAUAAAGAAAGAGGCAUUAUUUUAACUGAAAUUGAUGGACGAGAUAUGAAUAAAGUUACUGAAGAUGCUAUAGAAGUUGGAGCUGAGGAGGUAGAACAACAAGAAGAAAAUGAUAAAAAAUUUUUGGAGUUUACUUGUGAUGCAAUGGAAUUAAUGAAAGUUAGAAAUAAACUAGAAGGAUUGAAUUACAAAGUUAUUCAAGCUGAUGUAGAUUACAUACCUGAAACUUAUGUUGAAUUAAAUGAUAAUGAGAUGGAAGCAGUUAGUAAAUUGUAUGAACGACUAAACAAUUUAGAAGAAGUUAUUAAAGUUUACAAUAAUAUUGCAUGAAAAUGCACAUGUUUAUUCUAUUAUGUAAAUAAUAUCUGUUAAAAAAAAUUUAAUGAGUAUUUUUUAUGACCUGUUUAUCAAUUGUAGAAAUCG